AUGGCGAUUCUCCGCAACCUAGUGCUCUGCACAGCCGGUACCCUCCCCCACGACUCCCCACAGAUCAAAAAAUGGAUCCUCGCCAACGGAGGCACCUACACGCCCACGGUCCAGAAUACGACAACCCACCUGCUCGCCUCCAAAGAAGCCUUCAAGAAGCCGCAUCCAGCCGUCCAGCGCGCCACGGACCACGGCCGCGUGUGGAUCGUCAGCUUCGACUGGUUCGACGACAGUCUGCAGGCUCGGCGCAAGCUCAGUGAGAAAAAGUACACGUGGGAGUCGUUAACUAGGGAGAAGAAGAAGGGGAAGGUGUUGAAGAGGGUGGGGGCGGUGGUGGAUGGUAGGAAACCCUUUUUGGUAAGCUCUUUCUUCUCCGUCUUCUUCGCACUUCCACUCGGCUGA